AUGUGUGUCGAGUUCAACGACCCGAUGCCGAUCUACAUAGCGGUGCAUGACACCACUAGAGAAAUCCACUGGCGUAUCGUCUGGGCCAUCGCUGGCCCUCUUAGGGACCCGAACCGUCGGCACGGGGAGCGUCUGGAAGGCUAUCACGUCAUGGAAAUCUUCGUUCCGAACGAGGACAAUGCGACGGGCCAGUACGCCUUCCGCCGGCACUUUCGCCAACGCGAUUACGGAAGCGCCCAACACUGGGCUUUCAUGCACGUCGGGACGCUGGACCGACCGAGCCGCCGGACGCUCGUGGACUACUGCUCAGAGCAGGACCCGACUCACGUCGGUAACAACGCAGGCUCGAACUGUAUCACAUGCGUCGUGAACACCAUCCGCGCGAUGUGUAUUACUCCGGACCAGAUCAACGCCAGGGGCCCGGACGGACAGCAGGCGGAGCAGGCCAUCCGGGACGCCUACAACUACCGUACCACAAGGCGGAGAAACUAG